UGUGUGACUGUAAUGUGUGGUCAUUAGCCUAAUUAGCUACGUGUUGGCUAAUGGAGAAAAGACCUGACCUGAGGACCUGUGUGUUAGGUUGAUAUUUUAUCACUCUAUGGCUCAACUAUGCAAGAAAGACAGCAGAGACCUAUAAACCAGAGACCUAUCAAGUUGGCUGGAUUUUUACAACAGAACACGAUAUAUCCAGUGGGAAUUUAAACUCAACAUUUCAAACUGAGCUAAACUAUUUAGUUCAUGAGGCGGCGCCGCGCGGCAGAGCCAUUGUGGACGUUUGGUGGCACCAGGUAUGAAACGUCCAUUCAGCCCCUCAGCUCUGCCGAACACUGAGCCGGACAGGAGAGGGUUUGGCGCUGGGCUCCGACUGCAUAUGGACGGGGAGCCUUGCUGUGACACCCAGGAUGAGGGUGCAGUACCAGAUGAGCAGUCACCAGGGGGCGCCCUGCCUUCUGUACUCUGCAGACCAAAAAGGGAGAGAAAGCAGCGGAGCUACACAUUGUGUGAGGUCUGCAACAUCCAACUCAACUCAGCCGCACAGGCCCAGAUCCACUACAACGGCAAAUCCCACCAGAAGAGACUCAAGCAGAUCAGCAAUGGCAAGAUGCCAAGUAACACAGGUACGUCGGCCCAAGGCAGCCCCCUCCUGGCUUCCCUUCCCGUCCCAGGACGGCCUCUGCAGCCUCCGCUCGACCUCAAAAAUCUACUGCCCUUCAGACUCAAUGGAUCCUCCCCCCUUAGCCUCUUUCCUAACUUUAACACGAUGGACCCUGUCCAGAAGGCAGUGAUCAACCACACAUUUGGUGUCCCUCAGCCCCUCAAGAAGAAACAGAUUAUCUCCUGCAACAUUUGCCACCUGCGCUUUAACUCAACGAACCAAGCAGAGGCCCACUAUAAGGGCCACAAGCACGCCCGGAAGCUCAAAGCCAUGGAGGCCCAGAAGAACAGGCAGCGACGGGCUGGGGAGGCCUCAUCCACAGGAAGGGAAAGAGACCGUGAAAGAGACCGGGAACGAGAUCGGGACAGGAGCAAGACGUCCACAUCCGAUGCAGCUCUUCCCGCACUCAUGGAUACAAGCCUAAUGGAAGGAGCAAGUCUUCACUCUGACCAAGAACCAGCCAACCUGGAGGCAAAGCUUGAGGAGAGUCCCAGGAGCUCAGUAAUGCUGACGCCAGUAUCCGAGGUUUCCUCUGUAGAGUUGGUCACCCUUUCCCCUCCUCAGAUUUCGCCUUCCUCACAGCUCUCAGAGACUGCCUCAGACACCAGUGCCCCUGAAGUCCCAGAGGCUAUCGAGGCGGCAGGCCCCAUCACUGAGUCAGGCAGCCAGGCAGACACGUCCAGCAUAAAAGACGAGCCACGUACAGAUGAGGACAAGGACCCCAAGAAGAGCAAGGCUCACCUCCAUUGUCCUGUCUGUAAAGUCACAGUCAACUCCAUCUCCCAACUGGAAGCACAUAACAGUGGUACAAAGCACAAACUGAUGCUGGAAGGUCACAGUGUUCUGCCUCGGCGCAGGGGGAAGGUGGUGGCAGCUCGUGCGGGCUGCAAGAGCAAGAGGCUUGCUAGCAAAGGCAGUGUUGGGGUGCCAAGCAAGAACUAUCAGUGUGAAGUGUGUGAGAUUUUUGUGAACUCUGAGACCCAGCUUAGCCAGCACAUGAAUAGCAGAAGGCACAGGGAUAGGCUGGCUGGAAAACCACCCAAACCCAAAUUUACCCCCCACAGCAAGAGCCAGCCAAGCACCAGCUUAGCGAACGUGAGAUGGAGUGGCUAUGCAGGCGUGGCUGUGUCUGCCAUGAAGAAAGCGUUCAGCCAGUACAAUCUCACCUCCCUCUCCUCGCAGACCAAACUGGCCUUGCAGAAGCAGCUGACCAAGAGCUUGACAACUGGCUUCCUACCCAGCCCCCUCACCCAGCCAACUCUGUGCACAUUGGCAACUAACCCACUGGCUCUGCGCCACCAAGUGGGCACCACCACCUUCAUCCAGACCCCCUUCUUGGGCCCUGCACUGUUUCGGCCUGCCCCGGGGCCACUGCGGGCCACACACACACCCAUCAUCUUCUCCCCCUACUAAAGACUUGAUCACUUCCCAUUUGAGCUCCAUCCUUGUCCCUUAACCAAACCCCAGACCAUCCUUUAGUGUGACCCACAUGACAAAAGGCCACACGCAAACUAUGCAGCCCGCCUGACUUACAAUGGAAAGAGUGCACAAGUCCUGACGCUCAGGAGGCCAUUAGGCCUGAGAGCUGUUCCUAUCAUAAAGGCCAAUAUCCCCCAUCAUGCCUUCUUUCUGCUCCCCUUAUCAUGACCUAAGGAGCAGGACAGGCCUCCAGACAGUUACUGGUGCACAGAGGCCGCUUUUAUAGCCAUUUCAUGGGUCAACCUGGUUUGGAUUAUGGAUAUUAUUGUGUAAUUUAUUAGAGAACAAAUGUAGACUAGAUGUAUGUUUAGUGUGGUUGCCACAAAAUAAGGUCCCUUUACUUGAUGCUCUUUUAAAACGUUUUAACUUAUUGGUCCGAGGGUUUCAUGAAAAGUGGGUGGAUCAUAGGUCAUUAAAGCAGCUGAACUAGAGGCAUCCUUCUGUAUGGCUGGACAAGCCAAUCUAAGUGAUCAGUGUUUUCUAUCAAGGACCAUCUGAGGUGAAUUGCUGUCACGUUUCAUCUUGAAUAUGGUAAUUAUCAAACAGUCCUGUGGGUGGUAUGUGAAGCUAUAACUACAUACUGUUUGACCAUAUAUUAAAACCUGUUAGCAUCAUUUUGUACCUCUAGCUGUUUGCCAGAGCUCUUAACUCGUACAAAUGCAAACUUCUUUCUGAGUCACAACCACAAUCACAGCCCUCCAGAUUUGUUCCUUUCCUGUAUGCCCAGGGUUAAGCACUCAUUAGGUCCAGUAAAGGUCAGCAUGUCAACUUGAUUUUGUUUCUACAGAAUGAUUUUUUUCAGUACAUCAUUCAUGCAAUGCAACUUGAACAUUAUGUUCUUACCGACCUAGCAGCACGAAAACCUUUUUGUAGCCAUGGAUUUCUUACAUUUGCAAAAUGCCAUUAUUUCUUUCCCCUCAUGACUUCUAUUUUUCUUUUCCUCCCUCCUUCACCCCACUGUCACCUCGCUGUUGCCCUUGAUUUUCUGUGACGUUAUCUCAGCAUGAGAUGAUGAUGCCGAGGAGCACGGAAAAAAAUCCUCAACUCCCAACACACAUGCACACAAUUACACACAUAAUGAAAACACAAUGGAUAACUUGAAGACUUGAUGGGAUUUUCAGAACUCAGUGGAAGUUUGGAUGACAGUGGGUGGGGAGCUUAGCCAAUUCUUGAUUGACAUCCUGUUGCAGUGUCUGCGCACAGCGUGGGAAGGAACAAAGCACAGUGCCAUGGCAACCACAUUAAAAGCACCUUAAAACUGAUUUACUUACAAAAGCAAUGACUAGUGUGUUGAUAUUUGCCUUUGUUUUGCCCUAGGUGUAUGUUUUUACAAUCCCAUGUCAAUUUCAUUUGAAAGAAAAAAAAAAAACAAUCAGGUGAGAAUGAUCACAUUAUGGUUUAUCCAUAACUAAGACAAGUCUCCUAUAUAAAGCAAUACAUUCAGUAUG